UCACACGUAAACAUGACAGUUAAUUAACCUCUUUAUAUCAUCGGAUUUAUGUUUUACUUUUUUAAGCAAGAAUAUCAAAAAAAUAAUGGAGGAAGAUUACGAAGAGCGUCAUUGGGACGGUGGUGAUGUUAUGGAUGAAGAGUCGGAAGGUUGUGAUGAUAAUUUAGAAAAUCCUGAACUAGUCUUAGCAGAAUGCGCGGAAAAAUUUUCUACUCCCGAUUAUAUAAUGGAACCUGGUAUAUUUUCCCAAUUAAAACGUUAUUUUCAAUCGGGUGGUAACCCAGUUCAAGUCAUUGAACAAUUAUCUCACAAUUACACAGCCGUUGCUCAAAUGGCCAAUUUAAUUGCGGAGUGGUUAAUUAUAGGAGGUGUUAAAGUGACAGAUGUCCAGGCUAUGGUUGAGAAUCAUUUAAAAGAGAUGAUUUUGAAAACUUUUGAUCCAAAGAAAGCGGAUACUAUUUUUACAGAGGAGGGUGAAACUCCUGCUUGGUUAACUGAGUUAAUUGAACAUCCCACAUGGAGAUCAUUAAUUUAUAGACUUGCAGAAGAAUAUCCUGAUUGUUUAAUGUUAAAUUUUACAAUUAAAUUAAUAUCAGAUGCUGGGUUUCAAGGAGAAAUUACAAGCAUUUCUACUGCUGCUCAACAACUUGAAGUAUUUUCAAGAGUUUUAAAAACUUCAAUAACCAGCUUUUUAGCAAACCCUGAAGAAUGGCAAAACACCACUAAAGAAUGCGCUAAAAUGGUUUGUCAUGGACAACAUACCUAUGUUUAUAGUCAAGUUGUUAUUAAUGUUUUGGCUAGAGAACAUAAAGGGGGAAGUAGUAUGAAAAGACUUUCACAAGAAAUCACAAGAUGUGCACAAAAAAAUGGUCAUGAUGUAACUCCAAUUACAAUGGCAUUAAAUGGUGCAGCUGCAUAUCCUUCAGCUUGUCAAGCUUUAACUUCUAUGUUAUCGAAAAACACACUUAAUCCUGCUGAUAUAACAGUUUUAUUUAAAAAUUAUAAUUCGCAAGAUCCACCUCCGAUGGAUUUAAUAAGAACACCUCAAUUUUUAGAAUUACUUGUAGAUGCUUUAUUUAAACCGGGCAUUAAAUUAAACCCUGAUCACAAACCGAAAUAUAUUCAUUUAUUAGCUUAUGCAGCAAGUGUUUGUGAAGUUCAAGCCAAAAAGGGACAAAAACGAUCUUGGAAUAAAGACGAAUUAAAAGCGACGAUUCAAGCUGUUGAAACGGUACAUAAAAUUUGUAAUGUUAAUAAAGGUAGUUCGGAAUUAAUUGGUGAUUUAAAUAAUUUAUAUCAAUGUUUAAAAUAUCCUGUUGUUUCUGUUGGUGUUAUCAGAUGGGUUGAGUGCACAGUAACUGAACCAAGUUAUUUUAAAUUAUCAACAGAACAUACACCCAUUCAUCUGGCUUUGUUGGACGAAGUGGCUACUUUACAUCCACUUUUACACACUCAAGUAUUAGAUUUAUUAGUAAGAUUGUUUGAAUCAAAACAAGAUGAACUUGAAAUUCUUGUUCAAUUGGAAAUGCGUAAAAUGGUUCUAGACCGAAUGGUAAAUCUACUUUGUUCAGGUUGCGUUGUUCCCGUAGUUAAAUACAUUAAGCAAUGUUGGCAAAAAGGUGAUACUGAUAUUUCUUUAAUCAGAUAUUUUGUUACUGAGGUUUUGGAGGCUGUUGCACCCCCAUACAGUUCAGAGUUUGUAAAUUUAUUUAUGCCAAUGGUUGAAAACGAUGAAAUAACAGGAACUAUGCGUGGUGAUGGUGAAAACGAUCCUGUUUCAGAAUUUAUAGUUUAUUGUAAGGGUCAUUACACUACUGUUAUAUAAUAAUCUCCAUUCAAAUUAUUAAUUUUUAUAAGAAGAAAACAAAAAUAAAUUUUAUUUAUGUUUUAAA